UUUUGCUGGGACCUGUCUUUUGGGUUGAGUGGCAACCUCGAAAUACGUGCAGCUAUGAUGUGAGAAAUUUAGAAGCAUGAGCAAUGUGUGUGAUAACAUUAAAACGCACAACAAACAGACGCUUAAAUUAGCUACUAAGUAGGAACAACAACACGGCUAGGCGGGCUUGAGGAAGCGAGCAGAACAAGAGAAAGAAGUGUGUGGAAAGACACGUCAGAAGUCAGACGCACACACACACACCACAUACACUGAGAGAAAAUGUAUUGCCUGCAAUGUUUACUGCCCGUGCUGCUGAUACCAAAGCCAACGAAUCCAGCGCUAAUGGAGACACACGUCAUGUUCAUAGUGCUCUAUUUGAUUGGAUUCUUUCUGGAGCGCAAGCCAUGCACCAUCUGUAGCCUGGUCUUUCUCACGGCCGUCUCGCUCAUCUGCUACAGUGGCGUCGGCAAUUGCAUCUUCUGGGGCAACUGUGAGGGACAUCACUGUGAGAAUGGUUAGAGCAGCUAAACUGAGCGAGCGAGGGAUGAUCGCAGAAUUCUCCAUUCUAGCGAAUUAGUCAACGAAAUACAGGAGUGUGCUAAAUUAAAAUCGCGUCGCUUUUAAAACACACAUACAAUUUGCAUUACAAAAAAGAAAAACCGACAAGAAGAUAAAUAAACAAACAAUAGGGGCAUACCCCUAAUAAGUGAUAACAAGUGAGUGAGUCAACAGGGCUAAGAGGCGUGUUUCUGGCCCAACUUGGAUAGCCAAAAACCAAACUUCAUCCCAACGCGAUCGAUUACCCGUUUCCACUACAUAAUGUAUUUUAAUUAAUAAUCUAGCUAAAUGUCCCUUCAAUUAAAUUCCCUUUAGUUUCUCUCCCUUAACGUUUUUUAGGCUUAAAACAAAUAUUCUUUUAAGAAGCGCAACAAAAUGUAUUGUUAAAUUUUUUGAUAAGGCAAAACUGUUUCCUGCCCUUUUAUUCUUUAAUUCCCUUCAAUUUAAUCCGUCAAUGCAACUCUACAAUUAGUCAUUUAAAUUAUGUACAGGUACUCAAGCAACUGUUUCGACGAAUUAAAAAAUUUAAAUAUAAAAAACAUGCGUUUAAUUUUUAUUUUGUCAAAACAGUUGCUUGACAUACUGUUUAUAUAAAUAGUGUGUAUUAUUUAAAUAAACUUAUUGUAAAAAAAAACAUAUGCUGUGCGUCCUUUAUGGACGUUUAUAUCGGUUGUUCCCUGUCUUAUGCACAUGCAAAUUGUAUAUAUAUACACCCACAAGCACACAAAUACAUAUAUGCAGAUAUAUGCAUUACAUAUUUAUAUAUUCAUGUAAAGUAUAUAAUCAGCAAGAAAAUACGA